AUGUCGCUCGCUAACCCUCCAUAUCUGAGCUCUCUACAGAACAACAUCCGAGCGAGACCAAUACCGUGGGAUGGAGCUGUUCGAGCUGGUAAUCUGUCCGAGGAGCAGCUCAAGAUAAUCAAAUCUGUUGACAAGGUUCGCAAAGAGCAAAGGAAGCAGACGAUCGAGUUGAAUACAGACCCUUAUGCCACCCUACUAGCAGGAGGUGAAAGCGGUCCCAGUGUCCUUGAGAAGGCCCAAAAACGACAGGAUAUCAUACAAUACAUCCUCGUACUAGCAACAGAUCUUAUUGCCGAUCCAUACAAGCAAUACCUGGCUCUACUUGGCAGCUCCAAUAACCCAGAGGACGCCGUACCUCUUCUCGCUGCCACCUUCCUCGCCAAUCUAGUUGCUUUCUCUCUGACGUCUUCCUCCAAAGCAGUAGAAAGAGACAGCGAUGCACUACCGAAGCUGUACUCGUACCUAUCUACUCUGGUAAAAUCGCAAGAUGCUGGUCUUCAAGAUAUUGGUGUGCAGCAUAUGUCAACUGUUCUGAGAUCAAGUUCUGCGAAGGAAACGUUCUGGAAGCAGAAAAAUGACACCAUUGCUCCCCUGUUCGAUAUACUUAGAAAGGCAGCAGGUGCAGCCAAAGAUACAGACUCGACUCUAUGGAGUGGUGCAGCAAGCGUACGGAGCGCCGACACUCGCUUUGGUGGUGGUGUCGGUCUGCAGCUGAUGUAUCACAUACUCUUGGUCAUAUGGCAACUCAGCUUCGAGGCAGAGUUGGUGGGUCCUGGCCUUGAAGAGGACGAAGAAAUAGUUCCACUGUAUGUGCAGCUACUGAGGAUGUCGCCCAAGGAGAAGACGACCCGCUUGCUGCUGGCAACCUUGCACAAUCUCCUAGAGGCGAACAAGAAAACUCUGAUACCGAUUGCAACGACUGCGAGACUGCCUGCUCUACUUGCGAAUCUCGCAACACGACAUCUAACAGAUGACGAUGCGAAGGAGGAUCUGGACGCACUUGACCAGAUGCUCGAUGAAUACACUAAAGGACAGACCACCUUUGACGAGUACGCAGAUGAGGUACAGUCGGGUCAUCUCAGAUGGUCACCGCCUCACAGGAGCGCUACCUUUUGGAGGGAAAACGCGCGAAAGAUUCUGCAAGACAAAGAAUUACCCAAAAAACUGGCAGAAAUCACGGGCAAGAAGUGGGAGAGCGACAAAAAGGUACUGGCUAUUGCUUGCAACGAUAUAGGCAACCUUGUUCGAGAGGUGCCCGAGCACCGCACCACUCUGGAAAAGCUGGGUCUGAAGGUACGAGUCAUGGAGCUCAUGACAGAUGCCGAUGAGUCAGUGAGAUGGGAGAGCUUGAAGGCUGUGGGAGAGUGGAUGCGUUACAGCUUCGAACGAUAA